UAACUUGCCGGACGCUACUACCCCACUUCAGAAUGGCCAACAGGGGACCUGCCUAUGGCCUGAGCCGGGAAGUGCAGCAGAAGAUUGAGAAACAGUACGAUGCAGACUUGGAGCAGAUCCUGAUCCAAUGGAUCAGCACCCAGUGCCGCAAGGACGUGGGCCGGCCCCAGCCUGGGCGUGAGAAUUUCCAGAACUGGCUCAAGGAUGGCACAGUGCUGUGUGAGCUCAUUAAUGGACUGUACCCUGAGGGGCAGGCCCCAGUGAAAAAGAUACAGGCCUCCACCAUGGCCUUCAAGCAAAUGGAGCAGAUCUCUCAGUUUCUGCAAGCAGCUGAGCGCUAUGGCAUCAACACCACUGAUAUCUUCCAGACUGUGGACCUCUGGGAAGGAAAGAACAUGGCCUGUGUACAGCGAACACUGAUGAACCUGGGUGGGCUGGCAGUAGCCCGAGAUGAUGGGCAUUUCUCUGGAGAUCCCAACUGGUUUCCUAAGAAGUCCAAGGAGAACCCUCGGAACUUCUCGGACAACCAGCUGCAAGAGGGCAAGAACGUGAUUGGGUUACAGAUGGGCACCAACCGAGGGGCAUCUCAGGCAGGCAUGACUGGCUAUGGGAUGCCACGCCAGAUCCUCUGAUCUGCCCCCAGCCUUGCUUCUGCCCUCCCUUGGAUGGUUUAUAUAUAUAUAUUUUUAGCAGUGACAUUCCCUGAGUGCCAGGGUGGGGGCCUGGCCUGGUGUGUUUUUUCUGGGGGUGCCCAGUGAUGGCCUCUUUCCCUGUGCUUACUAAUACAUUCCCUUCUCCAAACCUAUAAAAACUGGACCAACUGACCCCCUUUUUCACCCUGGGACCAAAAUGUAGGGCCUCUUCCUCUCUCUUCAUACCUCUUCUCCCAUGACUUCUGUGCCUUCAAUCCAUUCCUUGGCUGGGGGUCAGCGAUGCUGCCUUUAGGCCUUCUACAAAUAAUGCCUUGCCCACAGCUAUGGCUGCAGGGACUUAAUUUACAGGGAGAGGUCUGUGGCAGCUGCCAUCCUGCCACAGCUGGACUGGGCUCACCACACAUUAGAGGCAGCCUGCCUUGGCAGAGGCCCUCUCUGCUUCUCAUUUUCCAUUCCCCUUGCUAUGGCUAAGGGGUGGGGUGGGGUGAAGGGAGAGGGAAGGGAAGGCUGCCCACCAUGGGCUGGGGCUUGAAGAAUCUGAGUUUGCUGAUUAAAUAAAGAAUCCCUUUUCUUUUGGA